UUUCCAUUGGUUAAAGUGUUGUUUUUGGAAGGCGGGCCUUAUUAAAAACUCGCGAGUUAAAUUUCUGAGUGUUAGCUCUAGGUUAGCAAGGAGACGUCACAUGGGAGUCUGUCUGUGAGUUAAAGUUUAUUGUCUCCUUUAGUCAUCCAUCCCUCCUUCUCACAUCUGAACCAACAACAUGGCAAACAUCGGCAGGCUCUCCACCAAAGAUGCUGUCCUCUUCCUGUGUGACAUGCAGGAGAAGUUCAGACCCAACAUCUUCCAGUUCACCAACAUCGUCAGCAACGCAGCCAGACUUCUCCAGGCCAGCCGUGUUCUAGGGAUCCCCCCUAUUUUGACAGAGCAGUACCCCAAAGGUUUGGGCCCCACUGUGCCGGAGCUGGGAGCCGAGGACCUGACAGCUCAUCCUAAAACUUCUUUCACCAUGAUGAUCGAGGAGGUGGAGAAGGAGCUGCAGGCCCUGGGAAACCCUAAACAAGCCAUUCUGUGUGGAAUAGAGGCACACGCUUGCAUCGCUUGCACAACAUUUGAUCUGCUUGAAAAGGGAAUAGAGGUCCAUAUUGUGGCUGAUGCCGUUUCAUCCAGAAGCCAGACGGACCGCCUGUUUGCUCUGUCCCGACUGAAGCAGAGCGGCGCGUACCUCACCACCACAGAGGCUGUGCUGCUGCAGCUGGUUCAGGGCGCCAAACACCCCAACUUUAAAGAGAUCCAGAAGCUCUUGGCCCACCCGUCCCCUGACACCGGCCUCCUCGCCUUCUUCAGUGCACUGUAGAAAACUCAUCUGUCACCGACACACUGAUCUAAUUACAUGUUUAACAAUAAAAAAAACAAAAAAGCUCAAAUAUUUCCUA